CCAGAGAGGAUUCCAUCCUGUAAUUCUCAUAACCACCGGUGUGGCAGGAACAUCAGCCCGCUGGUGCCGUGAGGAAACGGAAAGCCUGCGGCUCCUUAGAGGGGUCCUGGGCUCAGUCCAGAGCAUCUCGCUGCUUUUUGUGGACUCAUCCUCGAAUCGAAAGGGAAUACAAUAGAGCGGGAGUGGCUCCAAUAGGGCUCUGGGGACCGUCUCUUCCCUCUCCCCCAUCCCAAGUACGGCGACAAAGCCUUGCGCUGUGCCACCAUGCGGCAGAAGGCGGUAUCGCUCGUCUUGUGCUACCUGCUACUCUACACCUGCGGCUGCGAGGAGACAGGGUUCAUGGCCAUGGCGCUGCCCGCGCUGGGCUUCACGAGCACAGGCAUCGCCGCCAACUCGGUGGCUGCCUCGCUGAUGAGCUGGUCGGCCGUGGCGAACGGAGGCGGAGUGCCCGCCGGGGGGCUGGUGGCCACGCUGCAGAGCCUGGGGGCUAGCGGUGGCAGUGUCCUCAUGGCCAAGAUUGGGGCCCUUCUGGGCUAUACUGUCCAUAAGCAAAUCGAAAGCAGAGGGAAGGAGAGAGCGGAUGAGGAGUAGCUAGCAGCUCCCUGGACCCUCCUCCUUCCUCCUUGUCUUCCUUUUCCAGCUGCAGUCCAGAGGUUCCUCUUUCACACUUGGCAAUGACCUAGGUAAAAAAACAGAAUAAACGUCU